CAGCUGAGCGGCGCCCUCCCUGCCCUCCUCCUACAGAGUGCUGGCCGGUGUACGGCGUCACCACCUGCUUCUCCCUGAGGGCGCCCUGGCUCAACACCUCCAGGCCCGUCGUCAAGGCGCCCAUGGCACCCGACCACAUUGGCACCACCUUCACGCUCUUCACUCGCCUCAACCACACCUUCCCCGCGACGCUGGACCCGGGCAGCCUGAACAGUGUGGUCAACGCGCCCUUCAUCCCUGGCCGACCCUUCACCGUCAUCUCCCACGGGUACCUCUCCUACGGCACCGUCCCCUGGGUUAAGAUGCUGACGGGGGAGCUGCUGCGGGCCAGCGACCAGAACGUUAUAGUGGUGGAGUGGAGCGUCGGGGCCCGGCCGCCCUACACCCAGGCGGUGGCUAACAUCAGGAUGGUGGGAGCCCAGCUCGCCUACCUCAUACACUCCCUCAAUAAAUUUGCCGACGUACCCAUCUCGUCUUUCCACCUGAUCGGCCACAGUUUGGGGUCCCACUUGAGCGGACACACAGGCACCUACCUGAAGGAGAUCUACGGCCUCCAGCUGCCCAGGAUCACGGCCCUGGACCCCGCGGAGCCCUACUUCAACGACACUCACACCAUCACACGGCUCGACCCCUCUGACGCGUCCUUCGUCGACGUUAUCCACACCGACGACUCGCCCAUUCUUGGCUUUCCUCUCAGUGAGUUGUUGAGGUUUGGACUUUCAUAGCGAAGUGUUGUUGUCUUCAUCACGUGCGUGUCCUCAGGCACUCCCUUGAACGUGUCCCUCAGUGCUUACGACCUCGGAGAAUCUUUAAUGAGAUUUGAUCUUUCACCUCGGUGACUUCAAUAGUGUCUGAUGCCUUCCCUUCGGAAUGUUCUCCAGUAACACCUUGCGUUAUCUAGUUUUCCCUUUAGAUUGUUCUUUACCCCAGAACCUCCAUAAGUUUUACCCUCCAUUACCUUGUGCACAUUGUAUUAAGUUAGUAGUUAUUUGCCUUACUUAAGCCUCAUAUUUACCCCCAUCAUUGACUUGAAGAGUUCACCAGUAGUGCUU